AUGUCGGCGGCGGCCGUGGCGUGCCUGGAUUACUUCGCCGCGGAGUGCCUGGUGUCCAUGUCCGCGGGCGCCGUGCUUCACCAGCGCGCGCCGCCGGACCCCGAGGGAGCGGGCAGAACGGCCGGCGUCGGCGAGGUGGGUACGGCGCAACCCCAGUGCGCUCUACCCGGACCGGGACCGGGACCGGGACCGGGACCUCCGCCGGGUACGGCGUGGGGACCCCCGCAGUCAGACGUCCCCGCCCCUCGCCCUGGCGCCGCGCCCCACCUGCUGGCGGCCAGCGCUCUGGCGGAUCUGCGCAGAGGGAUCCGGGAUGGCUACGUGGAGGAUCCCCUGCCAACUCCGUGCGCCUCCGUCGGUUCCUGCGACCCGGCCCGUGGCUCCAGCCCGAUCCAGUACUCCGAACCGGUCCCGACCUUUGACGACGCUGAUGACGACGACGUUUCGGGACCCGAGAGCUCCUCCGACGCUCCUGACAUCCCGAGCGGCGCGCCAAUGGGUCCGGGCACGCCCCCUGUCACCUGGGAGGUGCCUGAUGACCCCCCGGAGAUCGGCCCUAGACCCGCCCCGGCUCCGGCGCCCCGGAGAAGGCAGGUGACACCUGCUGCCAAGCGACACCAGUGCCCCUUCCCUGGUUGCACCAAAGCCUAUUACAAGUCCUCGCACCUCAAGUCCCACCAGCGCACCCACACGGGUGAGCGCCCUUUCUCCUGCGACUGGCUCGACUGCGACAAGAAGUUCACGCGUUCCGACGAGCUCGCCCGCCACUACCGGACGCACACCGGUGAAAAGCGCUUCUCCUGCCCCCUGUGCCCCAAGCAGUUCUCCCGCAGCGACCAUUUGACCAAGCACGCGCGACGCCACCCGUCUUACCAUCCGGACAUGAUCGAGUACCGGGGACGUCGACGCACACCCCGAGUCGACCCGCAGCCUCCCCCUGCGGUGGCCGCCGCCGCUGAAAGCUCCGAGCCCGAGUCCAGCUCUAGCCAGGCACCCAGCCUCGAUACCUGCUCGUAGAGAGAGGGAGCACGCGCGCAAGAGAG